AUGGAAUCCUACUCCACUCUCCUCAAGCGUGAGGAUGCUUGUGAGUCCGGGAAUGAGUUCGACGGCCGGAUGGGCCUGCGGAUCUCCUCCAUCUUUGUGAUCAUGGCUGGCUCCAUGUUUGGUGCUCUGUUCCCAGUCUUCGCCCGUCGCUUUAGCAAGAAAGGUGGAUUCCCCAAGUGGGCCUUUUUCGUCGCCAAAUACUUCGGAUCCGGUGUGAUCAUUGCCACUGCAUUCAUUCACCUGUUGGCUCCGGCAGAGGAGGCACUGAAGAACGAGUGCUUGACCGGCCCAAUUACUGAAUACAGCUGGGUAGAGGGCAUCAUCCUCAUGACCAUUAUUGUUCUGUUCUUUGUGGAGCUGAUGGUUAUGCGUUUCUCACACUUUGGCCAAGGCCAUGUGCACGACGAGGAAGGCAAUACCCACACCCAUCUCGAUGACAACUCUAUUGUCAACGAAGCCACUGAGCCGAAGCAUCACAUGCCAGGGGAGGAUCACCUUGGUCAUUCCCGUGAGCAUCACGAUAAUAACAGCGACUCUGAAAACGACGUCCAAGCGGCUGAGGACUAUGCCGCCCAACUUACUUCGAUCUUCAUCCUGGAGUUCGGCAUCAUCUUUCACUCUGUUUUCAUUGGUCUCACUCUUGCAGUGUCAGGCGCCGAGUUCACUACCCUUUACAUUGUGCUCGUCUUCCAUCAAACCUUUGAAGGACUUGGUCUUGGUUCUCGUCUAGCUACGAUUCCUUGGCCCAAAUCCAAGCGCAACACUCCCUACUUCCUAGGCUUUGCUUUUGGAAUCUCGACUCCAAUUGCCAUUGCUAUUGGCUUGGGUGUUCGAAACAGCUACCCGCCUACCGGGCGAACCACACUCAUCGUCAACGGUGUCUUUGACUCUAUCUCCGCUGGCAUUCUCAUCUAUACUGCCCUCGUUGAGCUGAUGGCGCAUGAGUUCAUGUUCAGCCACUCCAUGCGCAAGGCUCCCAUCCGUGAUGUGCUGAUUGCCUUCUUCCUUCUUUGUGCUGGAGCUGCCCUCAUGGCGUUGCUGGGUAAAUGGGCAUAG